AUGACCCUGGAGCGAUACGUGGCCAUUUGCCUGCCGCUGCGUCAUGCAGAGCUGUGCUCCCCACGCAGCACUCUGCACGGCAUCCUCACCAUCCACAGCCUCAGCUCUCUGCCCUGCAUCGUUGUUCUCUCCAUCUUCUUUGCAUCGGCCUCCUAUGGCUCCUACACACAGGGCAGAAUGUGCUCUGUGGAAAUCAUCAUCAUCCACACAUGGCAGGGUCACCUGAGAUCAGCCAUUAAUCAGUUUUACUUCCUGAUCAUGUGCAUCACAAUCAUGUUUUCCUAUGUGAAGAUAAUGAGAGUGGCCAAAGCUGCAUCAGCAGAGGACAAAAAGUCCACAUGGAGAGGACUCAGAACUGUGGGGCUUCACGCUUUGCAGCUGCUCCUGUGUCUCAUCCAGCUGUGGUGUCCUUUCAUAGAAGCUGCUUUGCUUAAAAUCAAUCUCAUGUUAUUUAUCAAUGUCACGUACUUUAAUUACAUUACUUUUAUUCUUGCUCCAAGAUGUCUGUCUCCUCUCAUUUAUGGCCUCAGGGAUGAACUUUUUUUUCAUGCCCUGAAGAGAUUAGCUCUCUGUGGUUUGCGUAAGAAACACUGA